AUAAGUCAUGAAUAUUUAUGUUUGAACAUUUCCGCGGUAACUGUGCAACAAAGAAACCCAAAAAUAAACUCAGCAUUAUUAGAGUUAAUCUCGGCGCGAAUCUGCUUCAAAAGUUUCGUUUAGAAUUUUUCAAGUAUGGAAGGAAUCUAUCAAAUUGACGUCACAAUUAUAGAGGUGUUUCAGUCUUGGUUCCUAGAAUAUGAAAAAGUAUUCAUUGCUAUUUCAAAUAUUUUUGACCCACGGUAUGCUUUUCUAUUAUAUGCACCAAUCGUGUUUUCGGUGGAUUGGUAUAUAGGAAGGAAAUUGAUGUGGGUGGUUGUUGCGGUUGAAUGGAUAAAUCACUUAUUAAAAUGGUUAUUACAUGGGGAGCGACCUUAUUGGUGGGUACAUGAAGCAGAUGUGUACAACGGAAGAGGAAUUCCCGUUCCAAAUAUAUACCAGUUUUCACUGACUUGUGAAACAGGUCCAGGUAGUCCGUCUGGGCAUUCGCAGAGCUGUGCUGCUGUGUGGUACGUCAUAUUUGAUUCCUUCCUCGAGAAAUAUGGUUCAGUCGUACAAAAAGAUGAUCGAAUCUCAAAGUUAUGUUGGACAGUAUAUUUUGCUCUACUGGCUACGGUCGGGACUUCUAGAAUAUUCAUUGCAGCACAUUUUCCACAUCAGUGUUUGUUUGGAAUGUUUUUAGGUUGGUUGGUUGCCACACGUCUCAAGAAUAUCAACCAGAAGCAUUUCAGCAUCUUUCAGUAUUGUGUAUUUACACUUGGCAUGUUUGCGAGCGCUUUCCUAGUUUUCGAAUUCCUGGAAGUUAUCGGAGCAGAUCCCAUGUGGACCAUAGAGAGAGCAGUGAAAUGGUGCAACAACCCUGACAAUGUUCACCUCGACACAACACCGUUAUACGCAAUGAUGAGAUAUUGCGGUUUCAUGUUUGGGAUGGGAUUUGGAUUCAACAGUUACAGUUUCAACACAUUUUCCAAGGAAAACUUCACUACGCCAAUGAAAAUCUGCUGUGCUUUGCUUUCAGUGGCAGUUUGUUUAUUAUCGGAAACUAUUACUUUCUCUAAGGAGAAUAUGGCGUUUUUCUACUUUCAAGCUUUUGCACUCAAUGCAUUUUUAUCAUAUGUUAUGAUAUCUGUCAUUCCAAAUAUGGUAUUUCAAGUAUCCAAGUUGAAAGAAAAAGAUUCUUAAAAUCGGAGAAGUGGAACUUACAGUUGUAUUGAUUGUAUAGCAAUUAAAAUUUCGCCAUUUAGAAUUCGACUGAUAUUAAGAAUCUGGAAUGCUUUUUUUUAACUUCAUGAAAUCGGAAAAUAAAAUAUUUAACUAAUAACUAACUUUAUUUCAUUUUAAUAAUGAAAUACCCAACAGAGAUGUAAUUUUAAUUUG